AUGCAAAAAGCUGAAGCUCGCCAAUUUUGUUGCACCUGUGAAUUGUGAUAAGCUCAUCUCUUCGUGACUUGACCCGUUCGUCGAUCGAUCGUCAACAUCGGUGCAUCUCCAACAAGGUUGCAGGUUUCAUUGUUGGUCAUUGCAACAGUAUUUUUGUGUUUGAUGGCCCUAAAAAAGGACUAAAAUCUGAUCGGCAUCCAUCGAGAAAACGUUAUCUCCUAUUGACAUUAUCUGCCAAGAUAGGAUAUUUUGCCUCGAGAAAAGUGAAAAACAGUCCCGAGGGUGAAACUUGUCGUGCCUAUAUUCACUCGUUUCCGGAUUGUUUCAAGUGCGUGACGUCACCAACAACCGAGAAUGUCGUUCAGCAGCAGUUUUGGAUCGGUUGGUAGCUAUUACAAUCAAAAAUUGUACUUCGAUCAUAGGGCCGAUCAAGAGUACACGGGUGGCUAUUGGAUUACGGAUGACCAACUUCGCGAAAAAUUGUCAAACUUAAUUGACACGGAAGAAAAGAUUGAAAAUGCUUCCGUUUACAGCAAUCCGCUCUCUUCGUUGCAGGCGACGAACGCUCUGCUGUAUCACGCGUUCAUUGUAAUGAAAACAAAUAACUGGUGGUGGUCGAUCGAGAAAAACUCGGAAUGCAUCACGAUUCAACGAGCGAAGAACCUCGAAAGUGUUCGCGAUAAGUACCAGAGGACGAAACGGACGACUGGUUUGACUCCUUUAACACAAAUCAGGGAGAAUGAAACUACAGAAGGCGGGAAUACAACAAUCAGAGAACUCAUCAAUUACAUUUGGAGGGGGGACUGUUUAAAGGACGUUUACCAUAUUCUUAUGGAGAAUUGCCAAAUAUUUGCUAACCUGAUUUUUGCUCGUAUCAACUCACCACGCAAUGAUCAAGUCUAUUUUGACGAAGCUGCCGAUCAACCCCCAUCUUCAGCUAACAGUUACUAUAUGAAUGUGGAUCAAGUGUUCAACGAGGUGCAACGGUUAAGCGCUUCCGAGAAUUUUACCAAAUUAGAGAUUUAUAAAGCGCCAAUAAGUUCACAUUACAUCCCAGUUCCUCUUGAGGCCGAAAAUAUAUCCUCCAUACUUAAGAAAAUAUCUGGAUAUUUUUCGCAUCAUUACUUCGUGAUUUUUGAAACGAACGAGGGAACUUACUGGUCGUUCGAACGAUUCCCGACUAGUUUCACCAUUCAGCGGGCCAGAAAUAAGCAGAUCCUUUUGAAAGAAUGUCAACGGGAAUUACGCGACACUUUACUCUUACAAGUAAAUUUGGAAAAGUCAGAUGUUGCCAAGCGGCAGAAUAUGAAAGCAGUUUUGGAUUUUACCUGGAAAGAGUUCGAACCGGAAAUAUCUUACGUGCCCGCAAGAAAUUGCGACACAACAGCCUUGCAAAUCUACGACAAAUUUAAAAUGAACUCUUUUGCUGCCCAGAAAUCCUGGACGAAUUACUUCCAAUGA